GGCAAUCCACGGCUCACUUCGGCGACUCGCCAUUGCCCACUGCCGUGCAACUGCCACCUGCUGAUCGGUUCAAGCAAUUCAAUAGCUUCCCGUCCCCACCGUCCCAAUUCCCAGCAGCCCGCAGGCCGCGGAUCAAUGGAGAGGCAGAGGAGCCCCGCCUCCUGCUCCAGCUCGUACCACUGCCACCUGCUGAGCCCGAAGAGCCUCCUCAGCGUAUCCCUCGCCUCGUUAUCCCUCCUCUUCUACUUCCUCUUGGCGCCCCGCCACGGCCGCCCGCUCCACCUUCACUUGGCGUUCGCCGCUGCCCCGGCACCGGUUCUUGUGGCUGGUGGGGGUUACUGGGGCGACCCAGCGGCGGCGGAGGUCGAAGAGGCGGUUGUUGGUCUCGGGAGAAGGGAUUUGAUCGCGGAGGGGGCGAGCCCCGCUGUUGCCGGAGGCUUGUCGGUGCGGGGCGUGGGCUCGGCAGCGGAGGCGCAAGAAACUGCUGCUGGAGGAGGAAAUGGUGGAACUCCUUCGAAUGGUGAGGAUUUGAGAGGGCAAGUUGCGGAAGCUCGAAAUCACACACUUAGAGGCUUGGAUUCGGGUGGGGAAGUGAAAGAAGCUGCUCCUCAACCUCAAGGCAGUGGUGGCGAGAGGCUGGCGAAACCGAAAGAUUUGAUUUCGGAGAGGCCAAACUUAGAAGAGGGCAAGAAUCUUAGCAAAGAAACUCUUGGUUCGUCAGCUGCACCAGCAUUGAAAUUGGAGGGAAAGGGGUCUCCGCGGGAUGUCAAUUUCUCCAUACAAGCUUCAGGUCCUGCAAAGGGAACGCGAGACGAGUUCUUGCAAGAUGACCAUGUUGAUGAUGGGCGCAAUUCCUCCGUACAUUUAGCUUAUGCUUCUCAACAGGGGAGACGCAGGGAAAGCUCAGAUAAUUCAACAUUGGGGUACAACCCUGGAGCAGCUCCAGUCAAUCCAGAUAAGCAAGAAACGGCCAAGAGCAACAUGGAUUUUGCACGAAGCGAUGCUGCACAGUGUGAUGUUUCUGACGGGAGUUGGGUGUUCGACGAAAGCUAUCCACUCUAUGAGAGCAAUUCGUGCCCUUUUAUAGAUGAAGGGUUCAGCUGCCAAGCUAAUGGAAGAAUGGAUAAAAGCUACAUGAAGAUGCGGUGGCAACCUAAGCAUUGCAAUGUCCCAAGGUUCGAUGCAAGGAAAAUGCUUGAGAUGCUGCGAGGAAAACGACUAGUGUUUGUCGGAGAUUCCAUUAACAGGAACCAAUGGGAAUCCAUGAUGUGCUUGCUAAGCACAGCAAUCUCAGAUCCUUCAAGGAUUCGUGAAACUCGUGGCCGCAAGAUUACUAAAGAUAAAGGGCAUUAUAACUUCAAGUUCCUGGACCAUAAUUGCAGUGUGGAGUAUCAUACGACACAUUUCUUGGUGCAUGAAACCAAGGCAAGAAUUGGCCAAAAGCGCACAAUGACACUACAAAUCGAUACCAUAGAUCAGAGCUCAUCAAGAUGGAAAGGUGCUGAUGUGCUUCACUCCGUUCGCUGGGCUGGAGCUGGAGCUGGUGGCUGGAGCGGUGUGAGAGGAAAAUACUGUUGGGCUGGAGCUGGAGCUGACUAGUGUUCAACUCUGCUCAUUGGUGGUCACAUCACAAAACAAAUGCUGGAGUGUAUUUCUAUCAAGAAGGGGAUCAUGUCCACCCCCAUCUUGAAGCCUCUACCGCUUUUCAAAGAGCACUGAACACAUGGGCAUCAUGGAUCGACCGUUACAUCAAUCCACGACAAACUCAAGUGUUCUUCGGAAGCUCAUCCCCAUCUCACUUUAGCGGAGGCGAGUGGAAUUCAGGGGGACACUGCAGACAGAGCACACUAGCCCCUAACGACGGCCGUGUGUGGCCAAUGCCGGAGAUAAACGUGAUGCUUGAACAAGUCUCGAAGCAGAUGAAGACUCCUGUGACAAUUCUGAAUAUUACCGAUCUGUCCAGUUUAAGGACCGAUGGCCACCCCUCUGUUUAUCGACGGAAGGGAGUAGAUUUGACAGCAUCCAGCGGCCAGGAUUGCAGCCAUUGGUGCCUUCCUGGGGUGCCAGAUACAUGGAAUGAGCUGCUGCUGUUCUACCAGCUAGUGUCUUCAAAAGAAAAUCUUGUAACAAGAUAGUGACUGAAUUAUCUGUCCCUUUUCUUUGGUUUUAGAGAGGGCAUUGUGAUAUUUUCCCCUUCAAAUGCAAUUUUGUUUGCGAAAAGAGAUCGCAAUCUUGUAUAUGUUUGCACCCCCUUUCCUCUGUUGAUAAUAUGUCGAGCACAUAGUCAGAUGCCAUGUGAUUCUGAAAAUUGUACCUUA